GUGGUUCUGUUCGUGCAGUAUUACUAUGAGCCGGGGACUGGAAGAAAAUUCAGGUCAAUAAGAGAGGUUCUCGACUAUCUGAAUGGACAAGGAUAUUCCAGGACAAGAUCUACCAGGAGAUCAACCCAUUAUAAUAACGCAAAACACCAAAGGAGGCUUGUUUAUGGUGGGAAGUUCUUACUUUUUUUCCUUUCCCUUUUUGUGGAUGAAAUUAAUACGAAAAAGAUGUGGAGAGUAGCUGAUGAUGAUGAUGAGGUGAGGCCGAACCAUUUGGCCAUUGUGCCUUAUGGAAAGUCAGAUGACAUGUCAUCCUUUGUUCUUCCUGAUGGUUGGAUUGUGGAGCAAGUGCCUCGAAGAUACAGCACCUGGACAGACAAGUAUUACUAUGAACCUGGGACUGGACGAAAGUUCCGAUCCUUGGUUGCGGUCGAGAGGCACUUGGCUGAGUUCCAAGAAGGUACACAUUUGCUCAAGGGUUUGGAUGAAAUAAAGGACAAUGAACCCCAUGCAUCAAAGAACUUGGAGAAAGAAGUUUGUGAUCCUGUGCACAAUACACAAGAUUUAUCUGUUAUGGACCCACCAAUGGAGGUCAGAUGGGUUUUGGCCAGUCCACAGGGAGAUAAAUGGAACCCUUUUAUCAAUGGGAAAUUGGUUCCUGAUGCUGUUAAGCAGCAAUGGAUGGAUAAAUUCAUGCGCGUGAAUCUUGUCGAAUUGGAGAUUGGUGCAUCGGAGCGAAGCCCCAGAGAUCCGGUGCCACAGCCCGGUAGCCCCGACCGGCGAAGAAUCUCAUCUGAGGUGUCAGUGAAGUCUCUGAGAUCUAAUGCCACGGUCUGGUAG